GCUCCAGGUACGGCUCUCACCUCCCCGAGGUGAGCCGCCACGGAGUUGGCCGUGCCGCCGUGCCAGCCACGCCGCCGCCCGGCCCUGCGGCUCCAUAGGAAAGGGUCCCUGGACGGCCCGCUCGGCGCCCGCACCGCGGUGCAGGAUGGGUGCUGCGGCGGUGCUGCCGGCGGCCGCCGGCGUGCUGCUGGCCCUGCUCCCCGCGGCCGGCGGGCAGAGCACCCCUCCCUCCGGCUGCGGCAAGGACCUCUCCUCCCUCUACUACAACCUCUGCGACCUCUCGGCGGCCUGGGGCAUCGUGCUGGAGGCCGUGGCUAGCCUCGGCGUGGUGACCAGCUUCGUGCUCACCAUCGUCCUGGUGGCCAGCCUGCCCUUCGUGCAGGACCCCCAGAAGAAGAGCUUGGUGGCCACGCAGGUUUUCUUUCUUCUGGGCACCUUCGGGCUCUUCUGCCUGACCUUCGACUUCAUCGUGGGGCCGGACUUCUCCACCUGCACCUCGCGCCGCUUCCUCUUCGGCGUCCUCUUCGGCAUCUGCUUCUCCUGCCUGCUGGCGCACGCCGUGGCCCUCAACUUCUUGGCGCGCAGGAACCGAGGCCCGCGGGGCUGGGUGACGCUGGCGGUGGCCCUGCUCCUCGCCUUGGUGGAGGUCAUCAUCAACGCCGAGUGGCUCCUCAUCACGGUGGCGCGGCGGGAGGGUGGCUCCCCGGACCCUUGCCGGCUGGCGGACGCUGACUUCGUCAUGGCGCUCAUCUACGUCAUGUUCCUGCUGGUGGCCGCCUUCGGCACCGCUUGGCCCGUCCUCUGCGGCCACUACGGCCGCUGGCACAAGCACGGUGCCUUCAUCCUGGCCACCACCGGCCUCUCCGUGGCCAUCUGGGUGGCGUGGACAGCCAUGUACCUCUACGGGAACCAGCGCGCGGGCGAGAAGCCCGGCUGGGAUGACCCCACGUUGGCCAUCGCGCUGGUCUCCAACGCCUGCGCCUUCCUCCUCCUCUACGUCAUCCCCGAGGUGACGCACGUGACGCGGCGCGACCCCGAGGAGGCCUUCGAGGACGACGUCUACCCCACGCGCGGGGUGGGCUACGAGACCAUCCUCAAGGAGCAGAAGUCGCAGAGCAUGUUUGUGGAGAACAAAGCCUUCUCCAUGGACGAGCCCUCCUUCGCCAAGAAGCCGGUGUCCCCGUACAGCGGCUACAACGGGCAACUGCUGACCAGCGUCUACCAGCCCACCGAGAUGGCUCUGAUGCACAAGGGGCCGACCGAAGGUCCCUACGACGUGAUCCUGCCCCGCGCCUCCACCGCCAGCCCGGCGGCCGGCAGCGCCAGCUCCACGCUGCGUGCCGAGGACGCCUUCGCGGCGCAGGCCCGGCACGCCGGCGCCCAGAGCGACGGCAGGAGCUGCCAGGUGCAGUCCCCGUACGGCAGGAACCGGUGGUGAAGCCCCCGCCGCGGCACGGCACGGGUCCCGCAGCGCCGGCACAGCCGCGGCACACGCCGGCCCGCUCCCGAGGUCUCGCCAAACCUCCUCCCGCCCCGCCGCGUACAUCCCACCCCGUCCGGCAUCCUGCGGGGUUGCGUGGGGGGGGACACACACACCAGGACACAGUCCCGGAGCCAGCGCUCCUGUCCCCACCGUCCCACGGCACUGGCACGCUGCCGGCUCUGCCCGGAUGAUCCCCGCGUCCCCGCCGCAAAGACCGGCUCCCACGGGGCCACCCCGAGUUGUCCCCCUCGCUGCUCUUCGUGACGCACGGACACCCCGUCCCCCCCCACCCCGGAUGGGCCAGGAACCAUCCGCUGCCAGGGAGCCGGUGGGAUUCGUGCCCAGUGCUUCCCCCCCCCCCCCCAGCACUGGGACCCCAGUUCCAUGCUGACCCUCGCCAGCCUCGGGGAUGUCACAAGCCCUGAGCCGAGCUGGCACCGUCCCGCCGCAGGGCACGAGGUGAUGCAAAGCUCUUCCCAGCUCUGGCUCCCGCCGUGCCUCAGUUUCCCUCUUUCUGGGGAAGCGGGGGGCUGCUCGGGGAUCUGGGGGAUCAGUGCCUUGCUGGGGCUGGGGACUCGGCCCCCCCUCACGGCUCCAGCUGCCUUCUCUGUGCCUUCCCCCCCUCCCUGGGGCUUGGGGAUCCCUCCCGAGGAGCGGGGAGGGAGCUGGGCCCCUCGUCCUCCUCGUGGCUUUCUCUGUCGUUUUUCCUCUCCCCCCUUUUUUUUUUUCAGGUCAGCCCCAUUAAAAGUGUUUUUUUUCCUA